AUGUUUUUGCUCAGUGUAAUUUGGAAUGUUGCUACUUUAGCCAUAAUUCUAGGUUAUUUGAGUGUCGAAUUUAGUUCCUACUUUCCAUCCUUCAUCCAUGAUCUGUAUCUUUUUGGAAAAGUCCGCGGGUUAAGCGGUUUCAAGUUACAGGAAAGUUUAUUCCAGGUGCCAAAAAGCUGGUUCCGCCAUUUUUAUCUGACUGGUGUGGUGAUAAACUCAACUGUUCUAGCUAUUACUCUCUACACUGUUUGUGGAACUGGAAUAUGGCCAGAAUGGUUCCAGGAUUUUCUCACUUACAUAGGACACCCUGGCAAGGAGGCCGAAGAUUUGACUCCGCCUCUUCCAAUGGUGCUAGCUCUAGUUAUGGAGGAGAUUCAGGUGGUCCGUAGAAGUAUAGAAACUCUGUACAUCAACAGUUACUCAAACAGCAAAAUGAGCCUGGUUAUAUACAUGGUGGGCGUAUUGUUCUACUCAAGCAUAGGCAUAUCAAUCUUGGCACUAUCGGAGGCAGGGACUAUCUCUCUUGAUGAUUUUUAUUCAUUGUCGUGGCUCCAUUGGUAUGCUGUGAUUUUGUUCCUGUAUGCCAGUUUCAAACAGUUCAGUGUUAACAAGAAAAUGGCAAAAUUACGACAGGACAAGAAUGGUAAUGUGACCAAUACUAAACAUCACAUCCCACAUGGUGACUUGUUUGAGUAUGUGUCCUGUCCUCACUUCCUGAUGGAAAUUAUUCUGUAUUUUGCCAUCUCCACACUGGUCGGCUGGGAACACGAGGUCUGUUUUUGCUUGUGGUUGUUUGUACUUACAAAUCAGUUGAUUGAAGGAUAUCUCGUUCACAAAUGGUACAAGGAGACCUUCCCAAAAUACCCACCAGAACGGAAAGCUGUUGUACCCUACCUCCUCUAA